ACAAAUAUGGCGGUGAGGGUUUGAGCUUCACAGUUUAUCCGUGUUUUGGAAUUGUAGAAUGACUGUUUUAGGUCAAUAAGCUUGAUAUUUCUUACAUGCAUACUUGUAUUACCUGCGGUACUUUAGGCGAGAAGCUGUAAAAUGAGCGGCUGGGCUGGCUUUUCUGACGAGGAGUUACGGAAGAUGCAGCAGAAAGACGAGAUGGCCGCUGCGGCUGCCCGGGGAAGGAAACCGGCUCCAGCCAACCGGAGUCGACAGCAGAUACAGCGGGAGAAGGCUCUUCAGAUGACCGCUCAGAAAAACGCGUCUCCUUGCCUUCCACCGGAGCAACAACUCGCCAAACCACUCCCGAAAGAAGAGCCUCGCCCUCGUCCCACAGCCCUGGCAGUACCAGCAGCUCCGGCUAUUAAACAGGAAGUGCAGCCUAAACCAAGCGAGAUAAAGCCGGCUCCAGAAGAGGAGACCCCGGCAGUCAAAGAGCUGGAGAAACAAGAGGUGGCACUACGGGAAAAGACACGUCUGGAGCAACUGCAGCAAGAGCAAAAGCUAAUCGAAGAGAGGAAUAAGCGCAAGAAAGCUCUGCUGACAAAAACUAUCGCUGAGAAGUCCAAACAGACUCAGGCAGAGGCGGUGAAGCUGAAGAGGAUCCAAAAGGAGCUCCAGGCCCUCGAUGACAUGGUGUCCAAUGAUAUCGGCAUCCUAAGAAGCCGGAUAGAACAGGCCAGCUGGGAGUUCUCCAGUGCCAGAAAGCGCUACGAGAAGGCGGAGGUGGAGUACGUGCAGGCCAAGCUGGACCUGCACAAGAAGACGGAGGUGAAGGAGCAGCUGACGGAGCACCUCUGCGCCAUCAUCCAGCAGAACGAGCUGCGCAAAGCCCACAAGCUGGAGGAGCUGAUGCAGCAGCUGCACCUUCAGGCCACCGAGGAAGAGAUGGAGAAGCAGAGAAAAGAGGAGGAGGAGAGAGGAAGCUGUGCGGAGACGCAGAGAACAGAGAAACAAGAAAACUGCUCGCUGGAGAAUCAGGAGGGAACAGUGCAAUCAAGCCAAGACUGUAAGCCCCCAGAGGAGGAGGCUGUGAAGGAGGAGAAGGGAGGUGACGUCCAGCAGGAGCACCACCUGAUGACUGAACCACCAAAGCCCGAACAAGACUGGAAAAAAAUGGAAAACGGUUUUCAGAGUGAAAUUGUGGCCUCCUGAUGCCAAAAAAGACAGAAAACAGGGGUAUUAUUGCACAAACUGCACUGAAGGCAUUCAUUUAAAACACUAAUGCUACCACUUUUUCCAAUGUAUGCUAGAUGUGGAACUCAAUGAUGUAUCACCCAAGGCUGGGUAUCAAACCAACAUCUCUUCCAAAAAUGAUGCUUUUAUGCUACUAAUAUGUCUGCGUAAUACGUUUUGGUGAAGAUGUAAUGUCCGCAUAGGGAGGCGCUCGGAGUGUUUUUCAGGGUUUCUGUCCUCUCUUAAUUAUUAUAUAUAUAAAUGGGUUGAGUUUUGGUUAUUGCAUUUUGAAAAAUUAAGCACGUCCUUUUUCCGUUAUUAACUAAGAGGACAUUUUUAUAGCAGAUCCAUGUUUUGUCAUAUUUAUCCCAUAUGGGCUCAAACGGUGAAUUAGCAAUAACAGUUGAAAAGUUGUUGCAGAUUUGUUUAUUACAAUCAUUUCUUUAUUCUGUUGAUAGGUACUGUAAUGUGGGCUGUAUUGCACAUCUAUCAAAAGUCAUUUGCUUUUGCAGAUUAUCAGUAAAUAUAUUAUGUUUACUACAUCAUAAGGUCCAAAUUUGGCACGAAACGUGCUCAGAUUAAUAAUCAUGUGUACUGAUCAGAUAGUGAUAUAUAUAGCUGCAGCAACUUGGCAACUAAUGGAUUAUUUUAUUGACGGAAAAAUAUUUUACAAUUAUUUUAAUAAUUGUAAAAAUGGCAAUUUGGCCCUUUACUGAGAUUUAUUGCUUUUCUUUUCUUUAUAUCAAGUUUACGUGAAUAGUUUUGGGUUUUGGAUUGACUGAACAAGAAAUGUAAGACCUUUUGAGGAACUGGGAUAGACAUUUAUCAUUUUGUGGCAUUUUAUUGACCCAACAAAUAAUCUAGAUGAUAAUCGGCAGAUUAAACAAAAGGAAAAUAAUGAUAAGAAUUUUUUUGACUACUUUUAUUCAGGCAUAUCAUGGCUUUAUUUAGGCAAUGCAUAACACUUGAGAACUUGGGAGUUCUUUUGUGGGAUAAAAAAAAAAGUAAAUUAUAGAACAUUUUUGAAGACCCCAGCCCAGUGUGUGUACCUGCAGGGCCAGACGGAAUCAUACUCAGCCGCUGAGUAAUUUGGAGUGUCUUGUAACCAUUAUCCUCAGUCGGUUUGCUUUUUAUGUCUAUGCGUCCCAAAAAAAAAAUCUCUCCUUCAAACAUGUGGUUUUACAUCUCUGUGAGCACAGGUUGUAUUCCAAAGUUCUUGGUCGUUGUGGGCGACAGUGAAAGAUGGGUCCCGUUUACUUCCUGGAGAGUCUCAGUUUCAUGCAGAUGGAAAGGAGGUAUGAAUCCAUUUUUAUUCCAAACAUAAACCCUUCUGUCUCAUGUGUUGUAGAUGAACAUGUUAGGCUGGCGCGGGUUCGUGUUUCACAAAGCUAAUUCUGGUCUUGUCAGUGCAGUGGAGGAGCAGCGGGCCUCCUGAAGGGUAAGAUGAUAUCUGCUAAUGUAUGUACAGAUGCUUUCAGCUGCAUGGGAUUCUGCAGUUUACUUUCUCCGGCUGCACAUUGUCGAAAAUAAUAUAUAUGAUAAUAAUCUGAUGUUAAACUUCAAAUAUGUGGGCCUCAGAGCCUGAUUGUAAGCAUUUAAAGUUAUUUAAAUGGGGUAAAUAUUUUAAAAGGUGAUCUUUUACAAAAAUAAAUUCUUUAAAAAUGUA